CGCGCUUGGAAUGGCAGCGGCGUACGGGUCGCCACGAGACAAGGAUUUAAUGCAAUAAUUCCACAUGUUCCGUUAAUUCUCACGUGCUGCACUUUGUGGAAAUACUUAGAUAUCGUCAUAUGUCCCCUUUCAGCACUUUUAUUUCUGUCCCCAAUCUCUCUAAUGUCUAAGCACAAAGCUUUUGUUUGAGAAGACAGAAGAGUCGGGUGAACGUGAAAGAAACACCCUAAUUGUCAGUCUGUCUGGGAAAGUGAUUUCGACGUCGUCGUUACUUUUGGAAAAAUAUUGUGGCUGAAGGAUGUCUUCUGCACGGGUGGAUUAUAUCGCUCCUUUAUGGAUUUACUGGCUUAAUCAGUUUCCUCAUGUCAAUCUGAGGUUUCAGCCCGUGGAUCACACGUUUAACCCACAAGAGGAGAACUACCAGCAGUCGCUCAUCUUCUUGAGUUGUGUAGCAGCAGCUGGGCUUGGUGUAAACCUGCUGUGCCUGGCGAUCUACCUGAGCUUUCUUUGCUGUUGUCGGAAAGAUGAAGAAGAAGACGAGAGUAAGAAGUCCAACUCUUGCUGUGUCACUUGGGCUGCUGUUGCAGCGGGGCUCAUCUGUUGUGUUGCGGUGGGAGUGGGUUUCUAUGGAAACAGUGAAACCAAUGAUGGGGUAUACCAGCUGACCUAUUCCCUCUAUAACGUCAACAACACGCUAGCAGGAGUGGACAGUUUGGUGACGGGUUCUAUGGGAGGAAUGCAGAGUGGUCUAAAGGAGCACUUGUCUCGCUUGGAUGAGAUCUUUGCCACACGGGGAGACUUUGUACAGACACUGCACUUCAUGCAACAGAUGGCAGAUAACAUCAUUAAACAGCUAUUGGGGCUUCCUGAUUGGGAGAAGGCAAAAGUAGACCUGGCCGGCAUUGCUGAUCAGACAGCAUACGUGGAGUAUUACAGGUGGUUGACAUUCCUGCUGAUUCUGAUCUUGGAUCUGGUCAUCUGUCUGGCUGCUUGUCUCGGUCUGGCCAAACAAUCCCGCUGGCUGCUCACUACGAUGAUGGUGUUUGGGGUUCUGACUCUGAUACUUAGCUGGGCGUCUCUUGGAGCUAAUAUGGCCACUGCAGUGGGCACAAGCGAUUUCUGUGUUGCACCCCACACAUUUCUGAUGAACCAAACAAAAGGCAUAAUCAGCUCGGAUAUCGUGCACUAUUACCUGUACUGCAGCCAGACCCUUUCCAACCCAUUUCAGCAGUUUGUAUUGCAGUCCCUGACUGUCUUCCAGAGAUCGUUGACCACCAUGCAGAUCCAGAUUCAGGGACUGCUGCAGUUUGCUGUGCCUCUCUUCCCUACAGCUAAGAGUGAUUUAUUGAGUAUUCAGCAUCUAUUGAAUAAUUCAGAGGCCAGUUUACACCAGCUCACUGCCCUGCUAGACUGCAGAGGACUGAAUAAGGAUUACCUGGAUGCGCUAAUAGGUGUCUGUUAUGAUGGUGUGGAGGGGUUACUGUAUCUGUGCCUGUUUUCACUUCUGGCGGCCUGUGCCUUCUCUGUGAUGUUGUGUGCCAUCCCAAGAGCAUGGAGGCAGAUUGCCAACAGAGAAAGGGAUUAUGAUGACAUAAAUGACGGUGACCCAUUUAACCCUCAGAGUCGACGGAUGGCAUCACAUCACUCGCACCCGGGCAACAUGCAUAGCUUCUGCAGUUAUAGUAGCAGUAUUGGCAGCCAGACUAGUCUUCACCCUCCCACACAGACUGUGACCAAUGCACCCAUCUCAGAGUAUAUAAACCAGUCUGCGCUGUUCGGUGGGAACCCACGUUUUGAGAACGUUCCUCUGAUCGGAAGGGGGUCUCCUCCUCCAUCGCUUUACACUCAGCAAUAUAGAAACCGCUAUUCUCCAACCAUGAGAGCCACCUACCUCUCCAUGACUGAAGACCAGAUCAGACACUUUGGGGAGGAUUUCCGGGCAUAGAACUGAUCUCCUAUCCUCUGUCAUGUAUACGUUUUCCCUGCUGUGAAUCUUUUCACUCUGGGAAAAUGGACAUACUGAGAACUCUCAUGCCAGCAUGUGUGUGCACCCUUCUGUGUGUGUGUUACUGUAACUCAGCAGACCACAGUCUGAGAGGAGAACAUCUUUCUAAAAACUGCGUGUUUGGGUACUUGCUUGCAUGUACAGUAUGUGUGUGUUUGUCGAUAAUUCUGAUGGUGCAAUGCAUCUGUUUCCUCACUACUGACACAUACAUGUGAGGUGCUGAAAUAUCCUUUCUGUAAUAAUCUGUUUUACUUGUACAUCUUUCAUCCAUUAGACUGAUGGUCUUCCCUGUUGCCUUUUUAAAAUACAUACACUGUUCGGUAUGGGUAACCACAAUGUUUUGUCACAGAAAUUGAGCACAUUUGUCCUGACCUGAGUACAUAACCUUAAAAAAGGUUACCCAUUUGUCGUAUUAAAGAUCAUUGCGGACACUGGUUGUAUUAUGUAUUGAUAUUCUGUCUGUUGGACAUUUAGUCCUACUAAUUUCAUGAGAAUUACAUGACUGUGCAAAAUUAUAUUAUGUGGUUCCUUAUCACAGCAUUUCCGAGGUGAAAUGUGCACUGAGUGGCACUAAAAGUGAGUUAAAUAUUCUUCCAAACAGAUCAAGUUUUAAAUCAACAAAGCCUACCUCCCAACCCUAAAUCUUAAACCUAAACCUAACACUUAGCCGACACUUUCGGCUAAUGUUUUGAUUUGCAUGCUUUUCAGGACUGGUACCCUGGUACCUUAAUCAGUGUCUAAACAAGCUUGUAAAUGUAGUUGGUUAUGUAAUGCAAAUGUUAAAAUGUAUGGUCUUACAAGUCAUGCACUAUAGUAAAAGUGUUUUGAUGUCAUAAGAUAGCAUCGCAUGAGGAACAGGGCAGAUAUUACCUGUUUAUGAACUGAUGAUCUGCCAUUUUACUGCUGUUAUUUGUGUGAAAGGAAAUAAGUAUUUGUUGUAGUGCCUCUAGUGUUCAUUUCACCAGGAAACUCUUACGAUAUGUACAACGAGCCACGUAAAUAUCAGUUUGGAAAAAUGUAGGUUUAGUAACCUGUUACUAUGAGGCCAAGUUGCACAUAGUGUACAGUGUUUCUAGUGCCAGCAUCAUUAAACUUAAAAGUAGGUGUUUUAGGUACUUUUCUAAGCAACUGAUGCUCAUGAAAAGGUGUCUUACAAUUUCCCAGCUACUGUGCAGUAUGAACUUAAUAGAUAUGUCAUCAUUUUUAAGAUGGCUAACUCUACACUUUUUUUUCUCUAAUAUUAAGCCAUUUUUGGCGCCUGAGAAUGGAAGCAUGUUUUGUGCCUCGUAAAGACCCCAUUAAGUCACUUGAUAAAGCACAGUUUCAUAUCCUAUUAUGACAUAUUUCCUAUUUAAACAGGAACAGUUGCAUGGGACAUAUCAAAGGUCCCUUUUUAAAUAUUCAGUAGGCUUUAAUUUACAUCAAAGCUGAGAAUCAUGAUUUGCCUCUUGAUAUUGUUAGUCAGAGAUGGCUAAUGGGAGGAACGUGAUCAUUCUAGAGAGAAUUACAUUGGACAAACAUUUGUAUACGAGUCCAAGAUGAGUCAUUGAUAUCCUUGAUGGUUUGUUCCUGGAAGAAAAAGACUUUAAAUUGUUAGUGCUCCUAAAAGUGUCUAUUAGCUAAGAUGCCAUCUAUAUGCUCCUAAAGUACACAUUUAGGAGAUGGCAUUUUAGCUAAUAGACAUGGACUAAAAUCCACAGAAGUCCUACAAACAUGGGGACUUUUUUGUUUCAUCGGUAACACUUUACAAUAGGUUUCCAUUUGUUAACAUUAGGUAACAACAUUAGUUUAUAUGACCUAACAAUGAACAAUACUUAUUAAGCAUUUAUUAAUUUUAGUUAAUGUUAACUCCAACAUACACUAAUACAUUUAAUAUCAAAAGUUGUUUUUGUUAACAUUAGUUAAUGCUCUAUGAACUAAAAAUGAACAAUAGUAUUUUUAUUUACUAACAUUAAAAAAGAUAGAAAAAAAUAUGUAAACAAAUAUUGAUCAUUGUUUAUUCAUGAUACCUAAUGCAUAAAUUAAUAUUAGCGAUUGGAAACUUAUUGUGAAGUGUUAUGGUUUAAUUUCUUUAUUCACUGAGCAGCCAAGCUGAAAACAGUUAUUUGUUUGUAGUGCAUUGUGAAUAUCAGGGAUGGGACAUGGAGGAAAAUGACUUUCUAUAAUAUUUGUUUUAUGCAUAUAGAGGUUUUUGAAGCACAAACAAAUCACUAGAGGUUUAAAGUGAUGCACUAAAAUGUUUGUUGACGUGUGCUCCUUCAAUUGUCCUAUAAAUAAUGUAUUUCUAAAUGGGCUUACCUGCCAAUUUUCCCAGCAAGCACAAUUGAGGGAUCAUUUUGUAUGGGACUUUAAAUGACACAACUUUUUACCAGAUCAAGUAGGCAAGCAUAUUAUCCAGAGAGCACACUGAGCCAAUACCUUCCAAUAUUUUGUAUUAACCUGACCAGCUGUAAAUAACUUGUAUGAUAUUAUGUGUUGUUUGUGUGAUUUUAUUUGCAUAUCUUUGUUUGCUCCAUUCUUGCCACAUAUCUUGUUUGAUGAUAAAAGCUACUUGGACAAAUAACAGUGUGUCCUGAUCUGAGGUUGGAUUUGUAGUCAAAUUCAAAAUGUCUAGAUCUGAAAUGGGUCCAUGGUGGCAUCAGUCUGGUGUAUUAUUGCCUUGUUAGAAUGUUUUUAUUUCUUCUUUUUUACGGAUUUGAAUACUUUGGGUGCAUGAAUAGCACUGUCCUGCUGACACUGUGGUGGUGCUUAAUUUCUGUCUCAUGUAGAGGAAAGCAAUAUGGUCAAUAAUAAAACAUUUUGCAUU